UUUUGCAUUCUUCAGUUACGUAGACGUCUGAGAGCACGUUUUUGUUAGAAAAACAUGCGGUGAUUUUCAUUACGCUAAAAUUAAUAAUAUUGUUUUUAAUUUAGUGUAUUUCUUACUAGCGACGUUUUCAGUCGUUUGAUUACUGUUUAUUUCUUCGGCAUCAAUUAUUACAUAAUGGAUAAUAGCUGCAUUUGUGUUCGGGACGGAGUCCUCGUAGGCAUUGGUAAUCCCUUGUUGGAUAUCUCUGCUAUUGUUGAUGAAGCAUUACUCAAGAAAUAUGGCCUCCAAGCCGAUGAUGCUAUCAUGGCUGAGGACAAACACAUGCCGCUGUAUAAGGAACUUAUGGAGAAAUAUAACGCCGAGUUUAUAGCUGGAGGUAGUGUACAGAACUCUCUCAGAGUCGCUCAGUGGAUUCUAAAGAAGCCUAAGCUUUGUGUAUACUUUGGUUGUGUUGGAAAUGAUGACUAUGCCAAAAUAUUAAAGGAGAGAGCCGAAGCGGACGGCGUAUCAGUCCAAUACCAGAUAUGCGACACGACGCCGACGGGCACGUGCGCGGUGCUAGUCACGGGCACGCACCGCUCGCUGUGCGCGAACCUGGCCGCGGCGCAAAAGUUCACAGUUGACCAUCUUGCGAAGAACGAGUGCAAGAAGAGUAUAGAGGGCGCGCGGUUCUUUUAUGCGUCUGGUUUCUUCGUAGCAGUAUCCCCUGAGUCCAUAAUGCAGCUCGCCAAACAUGCAAACGCGAACAAUCACACGUUCAUAAUGAAUUUGAGCGCGCCGUUCGUGUCGCAGUUCUAUAAGGAGCCGUUGGCGGAAAUAAUGCCCUAUGUGGAUGUACUGUUUGGUAAUGAAUCGGAAGCCGACGCGUUCGCCAAAGCGUUCGACAUAUCGGAAACGAAUGUGAAAGACAUUGCAUUGAAAAUAGCAGCGCUACCGAAACAAAACGAAGCGCGGCCACGUGUCGUAGUAAUCACACAGGGAAAGGAACCCGUUAUAUUAGUAGAGGGUACUAAAGUAACGUUCAUUCCAGUGAUUUGCCUCACUAGAGAACAAAUUGUCGAUACAAAUGGCGCGGGAGACGCGUUCGCGGGCGGUUUUCUCAGCCAAAUGGUUCUAAACAAAUCGUAUGAAACGUGCGUGAAAUGCGGUAUCUACAGCGCGACGCACAUCAUACAACACUCCGGUUGUACGUUUAGCGGCGAUAGCGACUUUCAAGAAAGUUAAUGAUGGUUUUCUUUUUUAAAAAUCUUUUUUUUUUCUUUAUUGUUUGUCAUGUUUUGUUGUAACUGGUAGGUAAGUGGACUUUGUGACCAUAGACAAUGGGAUGGUUGUAUUUGAAAUUAGAAUUGUAACUGGUAAUGUUGUGUGUGGUUUUGAAAAAAGCUAUUUAAGCUUCCAUAUUUGAAAAAUAUGUUUGCGAUUUGCACUAAAUUUGUUUAUUGAGCAAUAUUUAAAGCAAUAUUAUGGGAUAAGUUUUAGACUUUUUGUUUAAAUUAAGUUACCAAUACAUAUAAUUAUUGCAAAAUGCAUGAAUAUAGACAAUAGAUUUAGAUAUAGUUUGAUAACAUUGUUACUGGCUGGUUUCAGAAAUAUGCAUUAAUACUUGUUGUUUGGACAAGUUUAUAAAGAGGAUAAAAUCUUAAAGUCAUAGACUCGAAUAAAAAGUGAAUAUUAAUUUUAAACUAUACAUAGUGAUAGAAAUAAAAUAACCAUGUUAUGUUUUAUUUUUUAAUGUAAGAUAGAAAAUUAAAAAAAAAUUAACAUUUAUGUCAAAAGUAAAUGUAUUUGUGAAAAAAUAAACAAGAUAUUUAUAACUUUGUCACAUUAUAAACUUAACAGUCAGUUAAAGUUGUUUGUUUUAUAUUUAACAAAAGUAUGUCAUACAAUACAGCUACAAAAAUCGAACACUUAAAAAUUACCAACUUUUAGUCGUUCAUUUUAAACUAAUAAAAUAUGAAGGCACAACAAUGACUUAAAGUAAGGUUUUGCUUAAGAACUAACAACGUUUGGUAAGGAAUACUGAUUGAAAACUACUCAUAGCUUACAACUACUACUUACAAUAUUACCUUGCAUGGUAAUUCUUAGUAUAAAAAUUGGAUAAAAACAGGAACGCUUAUGUCAAAAUACUACAGAAAAUUAGACUAAUGACCAAAAACAACAGAGUAACGCACAGCAUGGACAUCCCAAUAUGGAAUGUUAUACUCGUCUCCCAAAAGGGGCAUACAUCUAUACACUUCUAUUAAAGAAAAAUUGUUAAUAGCUUGGAGAAUCUUACUUAUCUGUCUUGUUACUCUUCUGUCUGGAUUUAUUGUGUAAUAGUAAUGUGGUACUUGUUCGACUGUUUCCUGCUUCUCUUUCUUCUUGGCGUUUUUGGUUUUUUUUCUGAAAAUGUAUUGUAUUAAUUACUACUGAGAAUCAUUGUUAUUGUUUAUGCAAUAUUGCCAUCUCAUGUUAUUCUUUAUGAAUAAUUGUAUAAUAAGUAUAAUAUUCAAAAGAUAUCAGAAAGAUGUGUUUGUACUUAUAAUGGCUGAAGUGAAUAAAACAAUUUUCCUAGUGAA